AUGCCGUCUGUGGAUGCUGCUGUGCUGAAUGAAAGGGAUAUAUCAACUGACACCCCUACAGCACUAAUGGAUAUUACCACGUCAACGACUGUGGAUGCUGCUGUGCUGAAUGAAAGGGAUAUAUCAACUGACACCCCUACAGCACUAAUGGAUAUUACCACGUCACCGACUGUGGAUGCUGCUGUGCUGAAUGAAAGGGAUAUAUCAACUGACACCCCUACAGCACUAAUGGAUAUUACCACGUCACCGACUGUGGAUGCUGCUGUGCUGAAUGAAAGGGAUAUAUCAACUGACACCCCUACAGCACUAAUGGAUAUUACCACGUCACCGACUGCGGAUGCUGCUGUGCUGAAUGAAAGGGAUAUAUCAACUGACACCCCUACAGCACUAAUGGAUAUUACCACGUCACCGACUGUGGAUGCUGCUGUGCUGAAUGAAAGGGAUAUAUCAACUGACACCCCUACAGCACUAAUGGAUAUUACCACGUCACCGACUGUGGAUGCUGCUGUGCUGAAUGAAAGGGAUAUAUCAACUGACACCCCUACAGCACUAAUGGAUAUUACCACGUCACCGACUGCGGAUGCUGCUGUGCUGAAUGAAAGGGAUACAUCAACUAACACACCUACAGCACUAAUGGAUAUUACCACGUCACCGACUGUGGAUGCUGCUGUGCUGAAUGAAAGGGAUAUAUCAACUGACACCCCUACAGCACUAAUGGAUAUUACCACGUCACCGACUGCGGAUGCUGCUGUGCUGAAUGAAAGGGAUACAUCAACUAACACACCUACAGCACUAAUGGAUAUUACCACGUCACCGACUGUGGAUGCUGCUGUGCUGAAUGAAAGGGAUAUAUCAACUGACACCCCUACAGCACUAAUGGAUAUUACCACGUCACCGACUGUGGAUGCUGCUGUGCUGAAUGAAAGGGAUACAUCAACUAACACACCUACAGCACUAAUGGAUAUUACCACGUCACCGACUGUGGAUGCUGCUGUGCUGAAUGAAAGGGAUACAUCAACUAACACACCUACAGCACUAAUGGAUAUUACCACGUCACCGACUGUGGAUGCUGCUGUGCUGAAUGAAAGGGAUAUAUCAACUGACACCCCUACAGCACUAAUGGAUAUUACCACGUCACCGACUGCGGAUGCUGCUGUGCUGAAUGAAAGGGAUAUACCAACUGACACCCCUACAGCACUAAUGGAUAUUACCACGUCACCGACUGCGGAUGCUGCUGUGCUGAAUGAAAGGGAUAUACCAACUGACACCUCUACAGCACUAAUGGAUAUUACCACGUCACCGACUGCGGAUGCUGCUGUGCUGAAUGAAAGGGAUAUACCAACUGACACCUCUACAGCACUAAUGGAUAUUACCACGUCACCGACUGCGGAUGCUGCUGUGCUGAAUGAAAGGGAUAUACCAACUGACACCCCUACAGCACUAAUGGAUAUUACCACGUCACCGACUGUGGAUGCUGCUGUGCUGAAUGAAAGGGAUAUACCAACUGACACCUCUACAGCACUAAUGGAUAUUACCACGUCACCGACUGUGGAUGCUGCUGUGCUGAAUGAAAGGGAUAUAUCAACUGACACCCCUACAGCACUAAUGGAUAUUACCACGUCACCGACUGUGGAUGCUGCUGUGCUGAAUGAAAGGGAUAUACCAACUGACACCUCUACAGCACUAAUGGAUAUUACCACGUCACCGACUGUGGAUGCUGCUGUGCUGAAUGAAAGGGAUAUAUCAACUGACACCCCUACAGCACUAAUGGAUAUUACCACGUCACCGACUGCGGAUGCUGCUGUGCUGAAUGAAAGGGAUAUACCAACUGACACCUCUACAGCACUAAUGGAUAUUACCACGUCACCGACUGCGGAUGCUGCUGUGCUGAAUGAAAGGGAUAUACCAACUGACACCUCUACAGCACUAAUGGAUAUUACCACGUCACCGACUGCGGAUUCUGCUGUGCCGACAAAUGCUGGUAUGCAGCCUAGAACCACUCUUUCAAUGACACAUGAUGCCAUGGCACCGAGUGGAGAUGGCACCUCACUGACCGGAGCUACUAUUACGUUGCCUAAAGAUGUCACAACACCAUCCAGAGACACAAGCAUGCACGGAAUUGUCACUGAUGCAGCAGAUGUCUCUCCCUUCAGAAGAUGGAGUACACCCAACAACAACAGAGACUGUUCUCAGCAUUAUGUUGUGGUGUUGCAGACUAAUGAGGAGGCUGUGCCACCCGUGGAUGUAUUGUGGAUUCAAGGCAGCGAGGGAGGGGAUUAUUACUAUUCGUUUGGCGGUUGUCAUCGGUUCACCGCUCAUCAAAGACUGAAUCGUCCGACCAUACGAGCCAAACUGGUCAAGUCUACUGUAACUGAUCUCCGAUGUUACCUCGGCAGUUCCACGCCAGAUCUUAAGUAGCACAUGCUUUAAAAAUUACUGAUCUGUUCUUACAACUUAAUUACUUAAAAAACUAUAUAUUUUGUAAAUAAUAACGGUGGUUAUAACAAAUCUAAAUUUUGGUUGAAGAAAUUAAAAUAAGUCAGAUUUAACUCUUUUGUAUGUAAUUUUAAGUUAGUACUAGGUGUCAUAUAAUAUUUCCUUGUUAUGGUGGACUAGUUCUUGUAUAUUAAGUGUAAAAUAUUUAGCUAUCAAUUCUAUUUUCUUGCAUUUGAGGUCAUUAGAGAGAAAUGGCAUUCAGUGAACUUGAAACUUGCGAUAACCAACCACAACUCAGUCACUCGCUCAUGCCAUAUGAUUAACGUUAUCUGCGGCAAAAACCCAACCGUUUCAUCAGAUCUUCUUAUUUUUGUUUUAAAAUAGUUCUACUCGUUCACCUCAUAAGUUGUCAACUUGACAUUUUUACAUUGACCACGUUAAUAGGCAAUAGUCCAUGACAAUGUAACAACUUCUUCAUUAGAGUGGUUAGUCUACUUAAAUUCCAAUUGAGCAUAAACACUUGAAAUAGAUUUUAUUUCAAUAAAUGAACUUGUAUAGUUACAAGAAGCCUUUUUUCACAGCAAAAGGAUUAACAAAGGUCUAUCAUUUCAUGCUUCAUGAUGGAUUUGUUUUUUUCAUUCACUCUCUAACCAAAACACUAUUGUCCAACAGCUUGUUUAAAAAAUAAUUUCUACUUUAAACUCCAAACAGUUGAGGUACUUGUUUCUUGCAGAAUCUGCUGGAGCUUUCAUGACUAAUACUGCUGCCACUCUGUACA